AUGUCCUCCGUUCAAUUCAGAACCUUGGGCACGCCAACGGGCGCCCUCCAGGGCUCCCAGCAACUUCAGAGUCCGCCCCCGGGUGUUUGUGCGCCGCCCCAGAUCUCCGCUGCUUCUCCCAAGAACGCCGUCCCGUACCCAACCUUGGUCCGCUCGACCCAGAGCUUCUCGCCGUCUACCGCCCCUGCGGACUUUUACGAGUCCUACACCGACCCUGCCAUCCUCCCUUCUUGGCUCCAACAACAGCAGAAGCAAGCUUAA